AUGUCUUUCGAACUUUUGAUUUUCACAAAAGAUUGGUUGUUUGGACCCGAUAACAACGGCAAACGUUAUGAAGGGCUCAUAAAAGUCAUAAAUAAAGGUUACAGCAAAAACUUUUUCAAGUAUAAUAUUAUAAUUACCGACAGGAUCACGAAUUCGUUCAUUUCUGACAUUGGAUUUGAACCAGAUCAAGACGUCUUCUUCUUGCUACUCGGACCAAAACCUGUGUUUGAUAAGUUAAAGAAUGAACAUGGGUUAAUACGAGAUUUCGAUAAACCAACUGCUUCUGCAAAAGAAAGUUACAGUUGCCAUAUUCCAAAGCAGUUCGAAGACUUAUUUAUAAUUGAUGAUAAAACGGAAAUAGAUGUCUCAAUUGUCAAGCCAGACUUGGUAAUUAAUGAUGAUAUCUUAUAUAGAACUCUCGCCACUGCAGGUUUGAAAAGUUUCACCGGAGAGAGUGAAUAUAAGGAUGAUCCAAUGGCCAAAGAAUAUCAAUUAACUACAGUGACUUCAUUCCUCAAUGGAUUGGGACCUAAAUUUCUUGAUAUUAUCAUUGACAAAUUUUUGACUAAUAGAGCUUCCUCUAUUAUUAACCAUAAGGGAAUAGAUAAAUUCAUUAUCCAUAGCGAGGUUGUGAGGGAACACGGUUUAGUUGAAUAUUAUACCAAGUAUUGUGGAUUUAAAAGAGUUGAAAAGGUUCCUGACUUUCAUGUUAAGGUUAAUCCAGAUGGAACUACAUUGAAUAGCCCAUUUAUGGAUGUAAAUCUAGCAAACAGCGAUUUCCAUUUGUCUUACUUAUACAGAGUAAUUGACGCAUCAUAUAAAGUAUAG